AUGGACAAACAGCCCGCCGUCACACCGGCCUUCGAGCCCGAUCGCGAGCACGAGCACGAGCACCAAGCGCAUGUGCAACAUGACCGACUCAAGCGCGGCCUCUCCGCCCGGCAGGUCCAAAUGAUCGCCAUCGGCGGCACAAUUGGGACAGGUCUAUUCCUCGGGACGGGCAAAGCGCUUGCGACAGGUGGUCCGGCGUCGAUGCUCAUUGCGUAUGCGAUCUCCGGCGGCAUUGUCUUUCUGACGAUGUUGAGCUUGGGUGAGAUGGCGGCGUUCAUGCCUGUUGCUGGGAGCUUUUGCACUUUUGCUGGGCGAUUUGUUGACGAUGCGUUUGGGUUCGCUUUGACCUGGAACUACUGGUUCAAUGAUGCGGUUUCAACGGCAUCGGAUCUCGUUGCACUGCAGAUUGUGCUGCAGUAUUGGACCGAGUCAGACGAUUUUCCGGGCUGGGCGUUUAGCUUGGUCUUCUGGGCUGUAUUGAUUGCGCUGAAUCUGUUCGCUGUGAAGGUAUAUGGAGAGGUCGAGUACUGGAUGAGCGUGCUCAAGGUGGUCACAAUCAUCGUAUUCAUCAUCCUAGGCAUAGUCGUCAAUUGCGGCGGAAAUGAGAGUGGCCACUAUAUCGGCGGCGAGAACUGGCAUCUCCCAGACGCUCCCUUCGUUGGAGGUAUCGGUGGCUUCGCAUCCGUCUUUGUAACGGCUGCAUUUGCCUAUGGCGGCACCGAAUCCAUCGCCAUCACCGCAGGCGAAACCAAAGACCCAGCACGGACUCUCCCAAAAGUCGUCCUCAACGUCUUCUGGCGGAUUCUCAUUUUCUACAUCCUUUCUUCCCUAAUAAUCGGCCUCAACAUCCCAUACAACUACCCCUCGCUCAACGACGGGACCGUCAAAACCUCCCCCUUCACCCUCGUCUUCGAAAUGACGGGCACAAAAGCCGCAGGGACCGUCAUGAACGCCGUGAUCCUGACGUCCGUGCUAUCCGCCGGAAACCACGCGCUCUUCGCGGGCGUGCGGCUGCUCUACACGCUUUCCGUAGCAGGCCACGCACCGGGGUUCUUCGGGACGCUGAACCGCAACCAUGUCCCCUGGAUCGCGGUGCUUGCAACGAGUGCCGUGAGCGGGCUUUGCUUUGGCUCGACAUCGUCGGCGUCUCAAACCAACUCUCCUGGAUCUCCAUCGGCAUAA